AUGCAGGAUUGUGUGACCGAUUGGCAGAGCCCUGUGAUUCCGCCCACUAUCCGCCGCCCCUGGCGAGUUUUCGAAGAGGACCUCGAGGAGAAGGUCACCAACUCAGCCAGUCAAAUUGGCCAGGCGGAUCCGGAGGUGCGUGAGCAAAUCGCCGCUGUACAGGCCAAGGGAGCCCGUGUGGCCUUCCUUUCCCUGUCCGAAUCUGCGCGUCAGACGUAUUACCAGGUAGCGCUCUCUGAGCUCUCGGCCUUCGUCUUCUGGCGCCGCUCGCAGUUGGCUCGGCAGAAGGCGGGCGAGAUCUUGCCGACAGAUCUGGAGGCAGGCUGGGAUCUCCUCGACCCCAACGACAAAGGAGAGUGGCUGCCGCAGGAUCCCAUCGCAUUCCUGAGGGCAGAUGCGCAGUGGGCAACGCUGCUUGCAGAUGUGCAAGGUGGCGAAGAGCGUGCCCCAGGCACAGAAGAGCUGGGGGUUCCAACUCCAAUGAAGAGCGAGAUCCUGACCAGGACGCCUGGAGACAAGGCCCCGGUGAAGUGCGAGCCGUCAGCGCCGAUCACGGCCAAGUCGGGUUCGCAGGCGGCUGCGCGGCCGGUGAAGAAGGAGCCGGCCGCUCCAGCGACGCAUUCUGAUGCACCGAAAGCAGGCGUUCCGCAACCUCCUGGCCCUCUUGUUCCACAAGAGGCGGCAUUUGCAGCUCCACCGGCCGAGAAGGCAGCACCCCAGGCGCCCACGGACAAGGAAUCAGAGAAGCAGAAGCAAGGCUCGAUGUCGCCCCCUCGCGCCAUUCCUCCACAGGGAGCAGAGGAGAAGAAGGCACCUGAAGUCGCGCCCAAGGCACCUGAAGUGCAGGCGAAGGCGGUGCCUGAGCCUACCCGGCGCAGCAGGCGCGUGAAUGCCUCCGCCGGUGGAGGAAAGGAGGUCGCCGGUGGCGACUUGACUCGAGCAGGCCGCGCGGCCACCAAGCGGGCGCGCUCGCGCCCGGCCGCCGCACCGCCCCAGCGCCCCCCAGGAUCCCGGCACCCGCGGGAGGACCGGUUGGACAAGGCUCCCGCGAACCUUUUCCCGGAGGUGUUGGAAGCGACCUGUUGCAAGUGCAAAGAAGGUCAUGCCAGCAUGGAGAACGACUUGGCAAUGUGUGAUCGCUGCGACAGGGCCUUCCACGCCAAGUGUCAUGAGCCGCCAGUGGCUUACUUCGGGCGCCCGGACGAUCAGUGGUUCUGCGCCGCCUGCACCACCGAGCUGGCUGAGAUGCGGGAGCUUUCGCUGAAGGUGGACGACUUCUGCUGGGUCCAGUGCACGGGCGAAGCGCAUCCGUGGCCGGCCCAAGUUCUGCGAAUCGACUUCUGCUCCCUGGCGGAUCCGCGGCCAUACUGGGUGCAGUAUUUUGAUGCUGGCUCGCCUGAGGGGCAGUGGGUCGGAGAGGUCAACGUGAAGCCCUGGACCGGUGGCCCGCGGUGGGGCUCGAUUGCCCAGGCCCGCCGCCGCAACGCGGUUCGGCUCGCUGAGGCUGCUGGCGCUCCGUGCCUCAGUACCAUGGGUCCCGCGCCGAAGACGCCCAAGCGCAAGGCGCCAGCGCCUUUGGAAGGAGACAGCCCGAAGUCGCCAGUGAAGAAGCGGCAGCGGCCUAACAAGGACCCGAUUCCUGCCGGCAAGGCGCCGCGACGCAGUUCCCGCGUGCAGGCGAAUGUGGACAGGAAGGCAGUUGACGAGGGCGGGGAGGGCCCAUCCUCAAGGAAGGCGCCACGCCUCAGCCGUCGCAUGCAGGAGAAGAAAGAUGUGGAAGAUGAUGAAUUCGUACAACAGGCAAACGAGAUGAGAAGCCUCAUUGCCGCCGCCAAGGAGCGACAGCGCAAGCUCGAGGCGGAGCUGGUCCAGGUCGCCAAUGCAAAGCAGGUGGUCUUGGCGUAG